CUCGGAGCCGAGGGACGGCCGCCAGCGCCCCGUGCCGCAGCUCUCCGCCAGCCCGGGCCCCUGCCUCGGGGUCCUGCGGCGCUCCCCGCCCUGGCUGUGGUGCUGCCCGUCCGCCCGGGGCCGGUUCGCUUUGGUCUCUCGUUGCGCUGGUCACGGCUGUGAGCCUUAUGCAUGUUACCAAUGGAAUGUAGUAUGUGGACUUGCUCUAAAAGUGAUGCUGACGAGGACCUGCUCGCAAAUGUGCAGUCACUACAGAAUCAGCUGAGGAGAACUGAAAGAAACCUACAAAGUGUGGAGAAAGAGCUUUCCAGUACAAGGGGACAUUACGGCCACUGCUUCGAUGAGGUCACAGAUGUCCCUCUGGAGGACUUUGUACAGCCCAAUUACGAUUGUCAAGGCUUUUCCAGCUGUAAGAAGAAUUCUGGGAAAACCUCUCACCAGGAUUUUCAAAGAAAAUGCAAAUCUUACUCUGUAUCCACAACUUUGAAUAAAACUGUGGAAGAAAAUGAACAACUUCAGGAGCAGUUGGAUGCCCUUCAUGAGCAAAAUGCAUCUUUGACUUCUCAGAAUCACUGCCUGAAGAACAGAGUGGAAACAAUGAACUUUGAACUGAUGCAGGCAAAAACAAAAAUUUCAUAUCUAGAGGCUGCUUUAGCUACACAUUUAAUCAGCAUUCCGAAGCUGAAAGAACAGAUUGUAAAUUUGGAAGCUGAAGUUUCAGCUCAAGAUAAAAUUCUGAAAGAUGCAGAAGAUAGACUAGAUCAAAAUCAGAAAACAGCAAUGGAAAGAGAACACAUGUUGGAAAGAUAUCAAAAGGGCUAUAAAAUUCUGAAAAUUGAGUUAAUUGAACAAAGCAAGCAAGGAAAGAGAGCACAACAGCAAAGAAAUGAAGCUUUGUUGAAUGUGGAGGAGCUGACAAAGGCUUUUAUGAAGUAUAAAGCAGAAAUAACUGAAAAAUUAGAAAAGGCUGAAGCUGAAGAAGUAGUCUUGGGAGAACGUUUAGUUAAUUGUGAAAAAGAAAAAGAGAAGUUGAAUGAUGAGUGUAUCAGCUACAGGAAGGAUCUAGACAUCCUAGAAGAGCAACUAAGACAGUUAAAGGAAGAGAAUCACAACACAAAAGAAGAAAUUAAAGCUCUAGAGGCAAAGAACACUGAAAUUACAUCAAUGCUGAGUCAGUCUGAUCAGGAGAUCAUCAAGCUUAAGAGUGAACUUUCUGAAAAAGAAGUAGUACUUAAAGAGAAAAAUGCUCUAAUAAGUGAAAAUGAAGAGCUGAGAGCACUUACUGCAGAGCAACAGAACCACUUGAAAUUAUGUCAUCAAGAAAUAGAGGAUUCAAGGGAAGAGCUCAGCAUACUAGAAAUGAUUAUUUCUCAAUUGUCUUUAAGCACAUCUGAAGAGUUUAAAUGGCACGAUUUCAAACACCAGCUAUUGAGUUCCUCAGCAAAAGAAGCCCCCUCUGAAUCUUGUGGUGAAUCAAGAAAAUCUUUGAUUGCAGACCUAAGCAUUAAACUGGCAAUGAAAGAAGCAGAAAUUCAAAAGCCUGGUGCAAACUUAACUAUCUGUACUGGAGCUGAGCAUCUUUCUAAGAGUAAUGAAGGACAAGGAAACAGCAGGUUAUGUGACCUGGAAACAGAGCCUGUCAGAUUGAUCAGAAAUCCAGGAGAGAGGAGAAAAUGUCAACAGUUGGAACUUAUAAGCAAACAGUUUGAAAAGAUGAGGCAAAAAUUCCAGAAAGAGAUAGAAGAGCUACGCACUAAACUGAUAAAAGCAGAUGAUGAGAAUUCUGCCUUGAGGACCAGCAUGGCUCAAAGAACCAGUCAGUUUCAGAUCAUACAGGAGGACCUAUUGAAGAAGGCUUCAAAAACAAAUAGCUUAGAGAGAGAAAUAAGAAAGAAGUCUUCUCAGCUUUCUGCACUUGAGAAACAGUUGGAAGAAAAGACUAUUGCUUAUUCCACUGCUGCAGAAAGAAAUGUUGAGUUGGAACUGGAACUCAUGGGAAAAAACAGAUGCAUUCAUGAGCUGGAAACAACUAUCAGUGAAGAACAUGAGAAAAUAACUUCUGCUUUUGAAAAUGAAAAGUUGCUUCACCUCGAGCAGCACAAAGAAAUGGAGAAACAGAUUGACCUACUUCGGACACAGCUGGAGAAGAAACAUCAACAAGUCAUUGAACAAGAUAAAAUAAUAUCUAUUUUACAACAAGAGGUUAUACAUAAACAGCAUCACAUCGAAUCAUUGGAUGGGCUGCUAAUAGGAAACAGAGAGGAAAUGGAAAAUCAAAAUGUCAAGAAAGAGCAAGGAUUGAAGAUGCUGGAAAGUCAGUUAACAGAAGAAAAAAUCAAAGUACGACAACUUGAGUCAGCACUAAAUGUAUGUAAGGAAGAAGUUGCACUGUAUUUGAGUCAGUCACAAGAAAAUAAGGAGAUGUUUGAAAAUCAGCUGAAAGAAAGGUCUGAAGAGCUUCAUUAUUUACAGAAAGAAAUCAAAAUUAAAGGUCAGACUAUUCAGGACAUGAGUGAACAAAAUAUUCUCCUGCAACAAACUUUGCAUCAUCAGCAACAAAUGUUACAGCAAGAAACUAUUAGAAAUGGGGAGUUGGAAGAUAAUCAAAUUAAACUUGAAAAACAGGUAUCCGAUUUGGAAAAAGAGCUUCAGAAGCAGAAAGCAUGUGCAGAAGAUGAGUUGAGAAAGGUGGAGGAGAAACUGUGCCUAGCUGCUCAGGAAGCAGAUUCAAACAGACAGAAGGUGGCUGAACUGAAUUGUACAAUCAGACAGAUUCAAUUGGAGAUGGAUCAGUGCAAGAAUGAACUUACUGGCAUGGAAAAAGAAGUGGUGCAAUUAAAACGAGAUGGUGCAAACAAAGCACUGCAGAUAAAUCAUUUGAAUAUCACUCUGGAAGAAGCAAGAUCAGAGCUCAAUAGAAAGGCAAAUGAGGUGAAUGAUUUUGAAGAUAAGCUGCUUCGAAGUGAGACUUGCCACAGGAACGCCUUACAGAAAAUAGCAGAACUGGAAUCUGCAUUACAGAGUGCCUGGGGAGAAUUAAAGAUCACUUCAAAACAGCUUCAGGAGUUGCAAGAUGCAUUGCAGAAUGCACAGUCCUCUCUGGAGGAGAAGAACAUUGCUAUCAUGGAUCUAACAACUGAGCUCAGGUAUUGCAAGGAUGAAAUUGAAGACAAAAAGCAGGAACUCCUUGACAUGGACCAAGCACUGAAAGAAAGGAAUUGGGAACUAAAACAAAGAGUAGCUCAGAUUACACAAUUAGAUAUGACAGUUCGUGAGCAUAAGGGAGAAAUGGAGCAACAAAUAAUUCAAUUACAGUGUAAUUUAGAGAAGUCAGAGUUGGAAAUUAAGGAAUGCAAUAAACAGAUUGAGAGCUUAGAGAAGAAACUCCAGCAUUCUAAAGAUGAGCUUCGUGAAAAAGAGUUUGAAUUGCUCCAGAGAGAUCAGGAAAUAAAUCAGCUGAAGAAAAAAAGAAUUAAACAAACCAGCAUAGCCUAGAAGCUCUUGGAAAGAUGCAAGAACUGUGAAGGAAUCACUGCUGCUGCCCAUUGGACCAGCAGCAACCCAGGGAUGCCUCUGCUGCCAUCGUCACUGUGCAUUCCAAGAGGACGUUUUAAAGUUGUGCUUCUAAAUAAGGCAUGCAGUUAUUUGUGCUGAAGCAGAUCACAACCUUUUUAUUUUCCCAACUGUUAUUGAGAUUAUUGCCUUCGUAUGAAAACAUAUUAAUUUAUCUUUUAUACUUCAGAAUAAAACAAUUUAUUUUAAGUUGUGGGGAUUAGUUUGAGCUGUCAUCUUUUUCAAAGGUUUUUAAAUUAUGUGC